UGCUUAUUUCAAGUUACACAAUCCAAGCAAAGCUCAAGACAUCUUCUCAGAACCAACCCCUCACAUCAAGCUCUUCUGAUCUUUCAGAUCUCUAUCUAACACCGCUUAUCUGCACUCUGCAAUAGUACUCCUUUUAUUACAUGAAUCUCAUCAAGACAAAAAGAAGCAAAAUCUAACCAAUACAUAACCUCCCUCCAAAACAUCAGGGUCCAGUCCAAGUACAUCAUGCAGCUACUACAGUCACCGACUUUCACAAGCCUGGAGCCAUGCAUAUCUCCCCGCCUUUCAACCUCCAACCAACAACAAUGGAAUUGUGGCGUGUCGAGCAUCAACUGCAACAGAUCGCAAACAGAAAUCAAGUCUCAGCCGCACCAUAUCACAGCAUGCUCAAUUCUCCUCUCUUUCCCCUCCCCAAGCCGUGCCUUAGCCAGACAUUCAGCCGUCUUAGGAAAAAGCGAGGUUCUCGUGGCUGGCUGAACCGAAAUGCCAAGGACGAAUCAAUAUUCUCCGAUUAGCAUCCCUUCAUUCAUCAUUCUCGUAAGGGAGGAGACAACAAUGCAUGUGAAUAUCUCACUCUCUGUACUGUAUACAUCUCUCCUCACAUUGCAGGUGUGCUAUGCUACACGGUUCGGGAACCCAGUGGUACAAGCAAAAGAACCACGCAAGGAAUUUCGUUGACUCCGCAUAAAGGAAGCAUAGCUGGCCCCCAGGCACUGAAUUCCCGUCUCACCUUGGAAACUCCCCCAUCAUUCUUCUCCCAAAGAUGCCUCACGCUGAGAACGAAAACACUGAAUCCACUGAGCCCAAGAAGCUCAUCCUGUGCUUUGACGGCACAGGAAACACGUUCAGUGGCUCCAAUGCUGAUACCAAUGUUGUCAAGAUCCUUCGAAAGUUGGAUCGAAAUAAUAAGAACCAGUUCCACUACUACCAGACUGGAAUUGGUACAUAUGAUAUCAAUGAAACGUCUGUGAACAAGGGUAUCUUUGGUGAAUUUGGGAGUAACAUCUCAAAGACAAUUGAUCAAGGCUUUGGCACCACCUUUGACGCUCAUGUCAUUGCUGGCUACCGCUUUCUCAUGCGUUACUAUGAAACUAACGCAAAGAUCUACGUCUUUGGCUUCAGCCGAGGCGCCUACACAGCCAAGUUUCUCGCCAGAAUGGUCAACAAGGUCGGUCUUCUCUGCAAAGGCAACGAAGAAAUGGUCCCCUUCGCCUACCGUCUUUAUCAACGCUACCUCCAAGGCGAGAUAAAAGACAGCGAGCAUGCCCAGUGCACUUCCAAGCACAGCAGCUCAGAGACAGACACUCCCGCAAAUUGCGACACGACACAGCUUCUGGGCACAAAGCCUGAAGAUGUGAGUGAAGAGACUCAGGAUGCUUCCAACGAGAUCGAAGCAUUCAGUCAGACAUUCUGUCGCAAGGAGACGAACCGUGCCGGUGAAGAGGAGAACAUCAAGGUGUUCUUCCUCGGAAUCUGGGACUGCGUUGCCUCCGUCGCUGUUCUCGAGCGUAAAGCAAAGAUGCCCGUUCCUGUAACAGGCACAGCGACACAUGUUCGUCACGCGGUAGCCAUUGACGAGCGUCGCGUCAAGUUCAAGCCCGCUCUGUUGGCACAGGACAUCAGAGCCGCAGUGCACAGCCACGAUGACGAUGAAGAUAUCAAGGAAGUUUGGUUUCCUGGUAAUCACGGCGACGUUGGCGGCGGCUGGCCCGCUCAGCCUGAUGAGCAGGAAGAUGAAGCUGAGAAGCCGUCUUUCUGGGGCCGUAUCAAGAACGCGUGGCUGACGAGAAAAGCUGGUAAGGCGAGUCAGAAUCUGAACAAAGAUAGAUUCCAGAUGAGUGACAUUCCACUCGAGUGGAUGAUUCGCGAGGUCAAGAAGUGUGGCGAGAUGGAUAAGUCACUGCAGGCGGGAGUGCAUUGGUGCCAUAGUCUCAAGCCAUUUGAGAGGAGUAUGGCAGAUCCUGCCAAGCGAAGAGAAGCGACGCAUGGAUUCAUGCACGAUUGUCUCGCCUUCGGCUACGGAACAGCCUUCUUCAAAGUCCUCAUGUGGAAGUUCAUGGAAUGGCUCCCUUUCUUAACGCGCUGGGAACUCGACGACACGACAGACGCCAACGUCAAGCUCCUCGGCUGGAAACCCGUGACAUUCCCUCCCAACAGAGGUUCAUACCGUGACAUUCCCCGCGGCGCAGUCCUCCACCAAUCUCUUCUCGACCGACUGCAGGAGUUCUCAAGCUACACGCCCGGAAAUAACCACGGCGACAAGUCGAGUGCCUGUUUCAAAGGCCGUAACAAGGCUUUGGUGUAUAAUGAGAAGGAGAUUGAGGGUUUGUCUGAGGAUGCGAAGGCGCAGAAGUUGAGUGAAGCACACUUCAAGAUCCAUUCUAAGGGGAGUGACUUGGUCUGGGAGGAUGAUAAGAGGCAUCAGACAUAUGACUUCAAUCCUCAUUUCAAGGGCGCUCUGCACCCUGCAAUUGUUCAGUAGUUUAGGUUCGUACGGGAUGGGAAAGUUGGCAAUACGGUUGCUUGGAUGUACGGUUUGAGGGUGAUUUGGUUGGAAGUUGUAACAGGAAUAGGGAAGAGUCUGCUAUUUCUAGGCUAAUAUUGUACCAAUUUUGGGGGAUUCCUAUCUUCAAUCAUCUCGAGUCAUUCCAAGAGAAGUGCUAUGCCAGCCACGUCCUUCCGCCGAAGUUCAUCUGUAUGUUCUCUUCGUCACUCCAAAGUAGAAGCUAUCGG